GCUGCACCGCAACUGUGUGGUAGGCAACAGAAAUUCAACAACUGGAACUGCAACCUGUUCCAUUCGACGAGCUUGAACACCCUCUUCUCGUCUCACGCAUCGCUCUCAACACCACUGUCGCUACACGAUUGACUUUCUCACACGCGCCGAAAUGCAGCGCCCAAGCUACAACAACCCGCCCGCGCACUCACCACCACUUCACCAUCCUAUCCCACAGCAUGUAUCCACAGUCCCACAGCUACGGUCACCGCCUCCUCCGCUACCGCCCUCACAACCACAAAGCGCAUAUGGAUACGGGCAACAGGGCGGCGGCAUGCCUCAGCAGCAGCAGGGUGGCUACAACAUGCAACCCUCUUUUGGUGGCUUCAUCAAUGAUCCCACCACCCAGCUAGGCUUCCAGAUGGGCAAGAGUGCCAUGGAUGCCGGACAGCAGUACAUGGAGCAGAAUCUCGGUCGCUACGUCUCCGUCUCGGCACUGAAGCACUACUUCAACGUCACAAACUCCUACGUACUUACCAAACUACGCAUCAUUCUCUUCCCAUGGUGGCAUAGGCCGUGGUCACGACAACAGCGCCAUAGCCCCGACCCCUCAACCGCCGCCUCGUCGCUCUACCUCCCACCACGUGAAGAUGUGAACUCGCCAGACAUGUACAUCCCCACCAUGGCCCUUGUAACAUACAUCUUGCUUGCGACACUAUUAGCGGGAUUAAGAGGUGCAUUUCACCCCGAAUUACUCGGAUACACGGCGACAUUGGCGAUUUCUGUCAUGUUGCUCGAGAUCCUCAUCAUCAGGACCGGCACCUUUCUGCUGGCCAUCAGCAACUCCUCCCAGCUUCUCGACCUCGUAGCUUACAGCGGCUACAAGUUUGUUCACGUCAUUGUGGCCCUCGAACUUACCUACCUUGCUUCUUUGCUUGGCUUCGACGGCGCAUGGGUUAGCUGGGUCAUCUUCCUCUACUGCUUCGGGGCCAACGCCUUCUUCUUGCUCAGGAGCCUGAGAUAUGUCUUGCUUCCGGAUCAGAGUGGGCAGGGCAUGGGUGUUGGAGGCAACGCAGCCGCGGGGUACACGGUUGCGCGUAGCCAGAAGAACCGAAGAACGCAGUUCUUAUUUGUUUACAGCUAUGUGGUUCAAUUUGGGUUCAUGUUGUGGUUGAGCAGGGUUUGAGGGUUAACGAACUUGGAACGAUAACCAUGAAUUUCACGGGUGAGAAGAGGAAGAAGGAGCCCGUCCAAGGCGGUUGAUGAUGUUACAUGUCUCCUUAGAGGCAGAACGAAGAAUUUGUGCAGAGGGCACUUCGCGCAGCCCGAGACACAUGAAGCAAGAGACAUUGUUUGGAGAGGUGUGGAAUUAGCGAACAUACAGUAUAUCAGCAUCCGCUAUUUCGGACGCGAAGUGCUCCAUGACAAACCUAUCACCGUGUUGCCAAUGUUGAGGCUUUUUCGCAUCGCAGGUUAUGUAUCAGCAGAGUGUAGAGGCUCAAACUCUACAUAACGAGCGUGUACUAUACAAACAACAAUAUCAGUAUCAUUACAGUAUGGCAUCUCAA